GUAGAGGUUGAAGGGCCCAAGGUGCAAGAGGUCAUUGCCAUGUUUGAGAAACCUAGCACAAAAGAAGUUGAUGUGCACUGGGGCAAAGUCAUGGCUGCACUGGAGAAUGAACUCCAACUUGGGCCUCAAGGCAGGGGCUGGUGUUUCCCAGUCAAAAGACAGCCGCUGGUGUCACCAGCUUCACCAGACAAGCCAUGGAGAGGUGGUAAGGUGGCUUUCUGGGAAAGAAUCCAGCUCUGGAUCCAGCAAAGGAAGGAUAGACCUUUGAAGCCGACCCAGCUCCGACUCUUCCUGCACCAGGUUAAGCAUAUCCAGCAAAUGUUGGAACCGGAGGAACUUUCCAAAGCUGGGGAUCUCCAGCGUGAUCUGGAGGCCUUUGUCAUAGGUCACUCCACGGAUAUGACCUUGGUCAACCAGGUGAUUGAAAAGGCAAAACAGGCAGCCAGUGAAUGGAGAACGGCCAAGCAGGAAGGUUACCAGAAAUGGCUUACUGGUGCGUGUGAGGGAGGCAUGCGUGGCCUCUACAAGUCUAUCAAGAUGCCUGAGAAUGUUCAGGUCAGGCCUUGCAGGCAGCACAGUGGUGAGCUCAGACCGCACCUUAGGCGGCAGGAAUGGAAACAGGUCUGGAAGCCCACUUCAGACAACUCCCCUGAGGAGCACCAGCUUUUUGACCAGCUCCGGAAACAGGCCUCAGAAGAGUUGUUGGAGGUAGGACCCAUCACUGACACGCAGGUUGCGGCUGUUCUGAAGAAAAUGGCCAAGAAAGCGUGUGGCCCUGAUGGGCUCACUAGUCAAAUGCUGCGCAGCCUAGAACCGAACCAGGUCUCUUUGGUGGCCGAAGCUUUUCGAAAAUGGGAAGAAACAGGCAUCAUGCCGGAGGCGGUGACAAUGUCCCUGGUGGCCUUGAUUCCUAAGAAAGAAACAGAGGAACGGCCGAUUGCGCUCACGUCUUAUGCGUAUCGGGCCUGGUGCAGAACCAGGUACCCGUUGCAUGACAAGUGGGCUCGUCAGUACCAGGUUGCUGUGACAAGAGUGAUCAAAGGCGAAGUGCACAGGCACAGCCGCAAGUCUGGAGUCACGCUGCUACUGGAUUUGCGGGGUUUCUAUGAGAAUGUUUCUCAUAAGGCCUUGAUCAAGAGUGCAUUUAAACAUAAGUACCCGGUUUUGCUGCUUCAUGGUGCCAUGCAGCUGUAUCGGGGCAAACGACACUUGUGUGCUGAGAACAUGGUUAGUGCACCCCUGGUGGCUACCCAGGGCAUACUGGCAGGGUGCCCGCUGGCCCCUGGGCUGAGUAAGUUGGUGAUGCAUGAUGUGGUGGAGCCCAUUUGGAGAGGGCCGCCACGGUGUCAUGUUGAUCUGUACAUUGAUGACACGGGCUUUGACGUGGUGCAUGACGAUCCAAAACAAUGUGCGCAGCAGGCCUUUAAAGUUUGGCAGGAGGCUAAAAGGCGGCUGAAGGAGGCCCAGCUCCCUCUGAGCAUUGGCAAGACAGCGUGGAUUUGCAGCAACAAAAAGGUGGAAAAAGCCCUGAGAAACCUGCUCCUUGAAGGAGAUCCCACCAUACGCGACAUCCACAGAGAUCUUGGCAUUGACUCGGGGUGGGGCAAAAGACGUCGUGUCACAACCCACAGGGCUCGCUUCCACAAAGGGGGUGGCAGAAAGAAAAGGCUUGACCAGUUGGCGCCGGGAAAGAUGCCAAAGGUGAAGGCCUUUCAGCAAGGUGUCCUUAGCGUAGCGCUCUAUGGGCAUGUUGCGGUAGGAUUGUCGCCUAAGAGAUUAAAUUGGAUCAGACACCAGCAAGCCCAGGUGAUGGGCCGCAUGAGUCUGGGCUCCACUGAGUUUGUUUUGGAGAUUGGCAUGGCCAAGCAGGAGGACCCCAGCUUUACCAUUAUCAACCAGCACUUCCGUUUUCUUCAUAAGCUCCUGGUGAAGUGGAACCAGGACGGCUUUGCUGAGCUGGAGGAGGCAUGGCAGCACUGGUACAACCGCAUUAUUCGCCACAAAGAACCGUGGCGAAUAGUGGUUGGUCCUUUUGGAGCGGCUGCGUGCUACUUAAAGGCCCUUGGAUGGACGGCCACGUCUCUCACGCGCUGGAAGGGAUGUGGUUUGGACUUUGACCUCUUGGACAGAGCCAGCCUUCAUGGGCUUAGCUACCACCUCAAGAAAACCUGUGACGGAUGGAGAUGGAAGGCCAUUUCGCAGAGUGAAGAUGGCCAUACGCUGGAAAAAGGAAGCUACACUGAGGCAUGUGCUAUGGGACUGCUCAGGCAGCAGUACCAGGAUGAGAGCCUUUGGUUGCGAGGCCUCCCUGCAGCACAGGACAAGCCACUGGGGUACACCCAGGAUCCAAGAUUCCAGGUUGUUACCUGGGGAGUUGUGGCGGUGGCUUUUCAAAUCUGGGGUGCCCAGAUACAGGCGAUCCAAUACCUGGUGACCAAAGUCCAGGGAAGCAUUGAGGUUACCCUGGAUGCUAAAGGGGUGAAGCAGCUAGCUGAGAGGCCGGCACGUUGGAAGUCUGAGGACUUGCUUCAGCCGGUGAGGGCGGAGAUGGAUAGGCUCACCCUUACCUGGAUCAACAGCCACCUCACGGAGCAGGAGUACACUGACAAAUUUGGGGCAGACUCCCUUUGGAGGUGGAAAGCUAAUGAUGAAGUUGACAGGCUGGUGCAAAACCGAGCCAAUGAGAAAAGAGACUUGGCCUGGGAACAGUCAGUCCUUAUUAAGGAUGAGGUGGUCAUCAGGGUAAACUCUCUGUUGGCACAGAGAACGGCGGCGAUGUUUCAACAUGAUCGGCUUGAUGGCCCCCAGAUUGUUUUUCCUGAUUCCAAGGAAGACAAUAGGCAACAGAUGGAGGCCAUGCUUGAUGGUGAAAGGCCAUCGUUGGGGCAUAACUGGGUGAUAGGUUUCAGCAAGGAGUGCAGGCAAAGAUACCAGGGCAAAGACCCCUGGGUUCGUGAUGUUAUCCAGAAAGUGGUGCCGAAAACUGGGAUCUUCCAGAAGCCUGUGACCAGCCCAAGGCUAGAGGUGCUGGUGAAACUAGUGAAAGGGGCUCCACUGAAGACCCUGGUGCAAACCAGGGCAGAGACCAAGCUGGUGAAAGACCAGUGGAGCCGGAGCGGUGACGAGAAACCUCCCAAUCCCGGAGGCAGUGCUUCGAGAGAAAGGUCCCUGGUGGAGCAACAGCCUCCGGAGGAAACCAGGGCAGCAGCCAAGCCCAGGACAGAGGUGGAGGAGUACUCGUACUACACGGGAGAAGAAGACUCGCCGGAACCUCCGGCGCCCAGCAAGAAAGAACAGUUUGUGGCGACUGUUAGGGCAGCUGCUAAGGAGCGCCAGCAGGGCAGAGCAGCUCCCAGUCCUGGUGAUGACCAGGAGAUGGGGGAGCCUGUCAAGGAGGCACCCAAGACAGCGGAGCCCAAGGCAGGACCACAGGAUGAGGCAAAAGCCCCCAGCUCAUCCUCUGGUGAAUCCAGUAGCAGCAGCUCCGAAGGGCAGCAGCCUGAGCCAAGCAAGUCUCCUGGUGGUAACCAGGAGACAAAAUCGGAAACAGGUAGCGUGCCCAGUGUUGCAAAGGCAAAGGCGCCACCACCAGGCAUUCCAGUACCUGGUGAUGACCAGGAUAUGGAACCACCGGCGAAAACCAGCAGCACGGAAGAAAAGGAGCAGGCGGAAGACACAAGCUCGUGCUACGAGCCGGUGCGGCUCCAAGAGGGCCCUGCUGCAUCAGUGUUGGGACAACCUGGUGUGGAAGAUCAGCGUAUGCCCUCAAAAAACGGAGAGGAGGGCAAGGGUGCUGAUGAGGAGCCCAAAUGGGUUACCAUGCUCGAGGGUGAGCGGCUUGAGCCUUUUCUAGAGCCCUCUGAUUUCCUGGUGAUCCAGGCCCUCUUCACCCUGCCGAUGUUCCCCAACAAAGUCAGAGCCCAAGGGUUCUGGAAAAUGGUCCGGAGCUACGACGAGGACUUCAAGGACCUUCUCAGGUUCGACGUGGAUACCUUCGACGAGCUCAUGCAUAUCCUGGUGCAAACCAGGGUGCUGGCGAUCACUCCGGAAGGUCUUUUGGGGCAGCCUAUGCUCCCAGACGACCAGGUGUCAUCCUGCGUGGGUGCUGGGUGCCGGGCCAUGGAAGCUGAAGACCCUGGUGGGGACCAGGGCAAUAGCCAAGCUGGUGUUAGGAGUGGUCACGAGAAACCUUCCAAUCCCGGAGGCUGUGCUCCGGGAGAAAGGACAGAGGCGGAGGAGUACUCGUACUACACUGGAGAAGAAGAGUCGGCUGAAGUCCCGGAGCCCAGCAAGAGAGAAAGGUUUGUGGCGACUGUAAGGGCAGCUGCCAAGGAGCGCCAGCAAGGCAGUGUAGCUCCCAGUCCUGGUGAUGACCAGGAGAUGGUGGAGCCACUGGUGGAGAACCUCCAGCCUGUCAAGGAGGAAGCCACGCUGCCAGAGCUCAAGGCAGGGCCACAGCAUAAGGCAAAGUCCCCCAGCUCAUCCACUGGUGAAUCCAGUAGCAGCAGCUCCGAGACAGAAGGGCCGGGGCAGCAGCCUGAGCCAAAAAAGUCUCCUGGUGAUAACCAGGAGACAAGCGCGGCAACAGGAGGCACGCCCAGUGUUGCCAAGGCUAAGGCGCCACCACCAGGCAUUCCAAUUCCUGGUGAUGACCAGGAUAUGGAACCACCGGGGAAGACCAGCAGCACGGAAGAAAAGGAGCAGGCAGCUUCAGAGAUCAAGGAAGAGCUCAAAGGUGAAGCCAGCCCUGAGGGGCCUGUGGAAACACCCCAGGCGGAAGACACCAGUUCGUGUUACGAGCCGGUGCGGCUCCAGGAGGGCCCGUCUGCCUUGGGUACGCUGCCCAGGACAGACUAUGCACAGACGAUGCAGUUUGUGGUGAAGAUGCGCAAGGACGUGAAGCCCUACCACUCGCGUUAUGAGCCGGAGCUCAGGGUCACCUACACAAACUGUGGGGAGGAAGCUGGUGUUAGCAGCACCCCUCUGCAGGUGCUAGGCCUGGGGGGCUCCAGGAUCACCAGGGCUGCUCGUGUACACCAGCUGACCGAAAUGGAUGCUGCUGAGGAGCCUAAGUGGGUUACCAUGCUCGAGUGUGAGAGGCUCGAUCCCUUUCCAGAGCCCUCUGACUUCCUGGUGAUCCAGGCCCUUUUCACCCUGUGCCUGAUUGCCAAGGUUCUGAGGGUGAAAGAUGUGGGGCGGUACAACCUGGGCAUAAGAGAGCUCCGCCCAAGUGUGUUUGGGUCCCUUCGUGCAGUCGUUUUCUUGGGCUGUAAUGGAUGGGAACCUUACGGCCCAGGGCAAAGGCCGGUGUUCCCCAACAAGGUCAGAGCCCAAGGGUUCUGGAAUAUGGUCCAGAGCUACGACAAGGACCUUAAGGACCUCCUCAGGAGCGUUGUGGACGAGCACCACGCAGACUUGGAGAGCCUCACGGUUGCUCUCAGAGCUUUGGCCAGGGGAAGGUUCGACGCGGACACCUUUGAUGAGCUUAUGCACAUCCUGGUCCAAACGCGGGUGCUGGCGCUCACUCUUGGGGCAGCCUCUGCUCCCAGACGAUCAACUCCACGACCUGGUGCCUGGCAAGAGCUGGCUCAUCAAGCCUUUCCCGCUGGAGGGUAA